AUGGAAAUAGCCGCGCCGCUGCUGACCGUGGCACUGGUGUCCGGUGAAGAACUGGGCCGCUUUCGCGCAUCGAGCGGCGAGGACCUACGGCGCCAACUCUUCGCCGUACCGAGGCGCCUUACUCCGCUGCGACGGGCGGACCCCAGGUCGACGCAAUUGGUGUGCAAAGAUGGCUUGGUCUCGGAGGGACAGGUCUUCACGGAAGACCAAGACAUUCAAAUUCUUCUAGCCCCGCGGCACUUUGCAGUGUGCGUCCUUCGCUCUUGGCGGCAUCCUCGAGCAACGCCCCUGGUUAUGGAUACAGCACAAGGCUUGGUAACUGACGCAAAGGGGAACUUGUUGGAAUUGGACUACGUUUUUGAUGAAGCUGCAGAUUCUGAGAUGAUCUUUGCCGAGUUUUGGGAAGACAUGCUCUUGCAAAGCUUGCAAGGUCGGCGAAGCUUGCUUUUGGGUUAUGGUCCCGCAGGUUCUGGAAAGAUGCAUAGUAUGUUUGGUGAAGAUGGCCUUGUGCUGAAGACUCACAAAUAUCUCCAGGCAAAUGUCACAACGAACUCCGUGGCAGUGGAGUUCAUGGAAAUUAUCACCGAGCGGGCCUAUGAUUUGCUAGCUGAAGAGACCAGCUUGGAACAGAAUCAUCGUGUGCGAUAUGGCAAAGACCAAGUGACUGUGGAGGGCAUCCAACCCCGGAGUAUGGAUGUGGCAACUGCACUGCGAACAGGCCUAGCCUCCCGGAAUGGGAGCCGAGGGCCUCCUUUUGCACAUUCCAGCACCAAGACAUCACUGGUGUUUAACAUCCAUUUGUCCUUGGAGCAUCUGGAGGAACCCUCACUGAUUCAGUUCGUGCGGCUGCCGGCCUCAAACUUUCCACGUGCUACACACGCUACCCAUCACCGCCCUGACCCCGCAGUGAUCUUUGAAUUGAAGCCCUUGAAUGCUGUGACUCAAGUUCUGCAGUGCCUAAUUCCUGGACGAACGCGUGGAUUUGUUCCCUACCGGGAAUCGGCAGUGACCAUGCUCAUGUCCAAUGUCCUUCGCUCUGCUUCACCGCAGCUGGUGAUUUUGGGCACUUGCACAGGUGCGGAAGAGGACACCUGGACCACCUUGCGAUUUCUCAAGCGUAUGCGAAGCUGCCUCUCGCAAAAGGACGCGGUGGACACCGAGACGGUGACGGGGCUGAGCACCGAGGCCAAUUUCUUAAAGGGUCGGAUCUCUGAACUUCAGGGCAUCCUCAAAGAGUCGGAAACGCAUAUGGUCAAGCAGGGCCAGGUCAUAGCCUCUCUGAAGAAGGAGCUGGAAAAGGCCAAGGGAGAGACUGGUCGAACAAGAUCUGAAGGAGAAGAAAGGCAGAUUGAAUCUGAUCAUUUGGCACCCUGCAGCCGACCUUUGCGCGUGGCUUUGGUCGGGGCUGGCGCCUUUGCUCGAAAGGCUCAUCUGCCUUCCUUGCGCGAGCACGCGGACUGCUUCGAGGUGGUUGCUCUGUGGAGCCGCACCCGCGCGUCCGCCGAAGCGGCGGCGGAUGCAGUGGGUCUGGCGAUUCUUUGGGGCGAGGACGGUUGGGCAGACUUACUUUCUGGCAGAUUGUCCGUGGAGUUGUUGGAUGUGGUGCUCCCCAUCCAAGACCAGGCGCGUUUCGUGCGCCAGGCUUUGGACGCCAACCUGGCAGUGGUGUCGGAGAAGCCCAUUGCGCGGAACACCUCAGAGGCGCAGGAACUGCUGCGUUCAGCGCCUUCGCGCGGGUGGUGGGUAGCGGAGAAUUGGAGGUUCGAGCCAGCCUUCCUUUUAGCACGGGCGGCGCUGCCCGCGCUGGGUGAGGUCUUGUCCUUCUCGGCCAACGCGCAGAGUCUCAUGCCAGAAGAUGUGCCCCUCAUGCGCCCGGAUGGCUGGCGCAUGGCCGCUGAUGGAAACUGGAUCGUGGACGUGGGAGUUCACUUUGUUGCUGCCUUGCGCUUGGUCCUCGGCGAGGUGGAGCUGGUCCAUGUGGUGCGGCAAAGUCUUCGUCCCGAGCUUCAGCCCUUCGACACCUUUGCCGCCACCCUCCGCGCGCAAACUGCGCCGUUCGCGCUGGGCGUGUGGCUGUUCUCGCUGAGCGUGCCGAAAGCGACGCCGCGAACCAUCUCCGGCCUUUCUGACCUAGACUUGCAGAUUUCUGGCCGCAACGGUACCUUGGUGGUUUCCCGUGGAGCCGUAGAACUCCGGGACACUGACGGCCGCACGCGCGCGGCCUCGCGCGGCUUCCAGGGCCCCAGCGUCGCGUACGCGCUGCGGGCGGCGGCGCGCGGUGGCAGCUUUGGAGCGCUUGCAGCGGCGGUGGCACCACUGGAGGCUUGGAAGGACCUGGAACUGGUCGAGGCCGUUUUGCAGCAGGACCUUGCAAAAGACAGACUAGUGGAACUUUGA